AUGGGGUAUAUACUGGCUUAUGAAGCAGAUUUACUUGGGUUAAUUAAAGAGAAUGAUCUAAUCACUGCCUUUGAGGAUGGUAACAUUAAGGUGUUCUUUGCACUGUGGCAAGAGCACAUCCCUGUUGAGACUAAUACAGUGGCCCAAAAGCUGGGGUUUUACUUGCAAAUUCACUUUGCCAUAUUUCCUUUGAAGAAAAACCAGGGUCGAAUUACUUUUUGUAUUUGUUAUUUGUUGGAUCGUACAGAUUGUGAAGAGCGGAUUUCUCAUUUUAAAACAUACUUGGAAACUAGUGGGGCAGCUCUUAGCCAGACAAUUGAGUUCCUCUCCUUUUAUGCACUGACAUUUGUUCCUAAUCCAGCUGCUCAUCCCUCCAUCAAAGAGAUUUUUCAGGAGUCAUGGGAGGCUGAACUAAAGAUGAGGCUGGAAAAGUUUCUCUCUGUCAUACUUAAAGCUGCAAGUACCCCCAGACUCAUUACAUUAUAUGUAUCCUUUGCUUCAUCAAGCCAUGGGCGUCCACAUAUAGGGGCAAGGGGGGGCACUGCCCCCCCCUGGACUUGUACUUCAUUCUUAUCUUGCCCAAGUGCAUCUGUCAAGAUCAUUGAUGGAAAUCUGGAAGAAGUAAGUGCUACAUUUUUAAUAGAGAAUUUCCCAAAGCACUAA